AUGUGUGAGACGUCGCCGAUAACGAGAAUUUACUCGCAGUCUACUGCAAAGAUUUCUACAACAUAUCUCACCUCGGCACUUGUCGUAAUCCCCGGUACAAAAACAGUUGCAACAUUCACUACCUCAGCAUGUCUCGCUCCUUCGGAUGGAUCUCGCGCCAGCGCAUGGACUUCGUCUUUAACAGCAGGCACAAAUACAACAUGGUCCAGUCUCCUGCCGAGGUCCACUUCGGUGGCAUUACCUAGGCAAACUACGUCUGGUACGACGCAAGGAUCGAGCAACUCAAGUGGCAGCUUGGGAGGAGUGGAGUCCUCUUCGUCUUCACGACCAUCGACAUCCUCCUUGUGGAGCGUUCUGCUGGAUGACAGGGAUACUGAGUCUAAUAUCACUAGCUCUCAGGGUUCAUUCAGGAGGAGCAUCCGCGAGAAUCCUCGGAGCGCCAACACCUCACCGUCUCGACCGUCUUUCGCAUCCCCGAGUCCGACAGGGCAUCAUGCGUCAAUCUACCACGGCCCGGAAACUGCCAACCGGGCUAACGUCGCCCAUAUAUCCACGGACCACUACACGAACUCUGUAUUUCAAGACAACCAAGGGCCUCCCAAUUUCAAGCGACACAAUUACCUACUAGACUUGCUCGGACAUGGUGAUUCCUCGGAACACUCGGACAGUUCUGACCACUCGGACUCGAGCAACUUGGAUCUUUCUGACAAUUCGGAUAGGAAUGAAGAUGACGGCGCUUGUACAUCGUGGACGACCAUAACGACGUAUUCUACCGGUUCGGGAGAGCCGACCUCCACAUUUUCGACCUAUACAGUGAUGACGACCACUGACGUUGUCACCAGUGUCCUCGUAUCGACCGUGUACGCUUCUUGCUCCGCGUCUCCAACAGGUAUGAGUCAGCCGAGUUCGAACAAAUGGACCGGACCCAAUGCGGGAUCCGUUGGCCUUCAGACAACUAUGCAAGCCUCUAUGAAGCCAUCACUAGCUGCUGCAAGUCCAACGCUUUCUGCGUCUGACACGUGGUGGGAGACAUCUCAGGCAGCAUCAUCGAGCUCUACAGAGAGUAAGCCAGAAGCUAUUUGGUCUUUCGUGGCACCCUCUGACUGGAGUGUUUCAGCGGUGUUGAGGAGCUCUGAAGGUGGAAAUGCAGAAGUGGCAGAGGUGACGUCUUCCCAUGACUGGGAUGCUGCAUCGUCAUCAUCAAAGGAAGAGGCCAGUUUGUCUUUUCCAUUGGUCGACUCAGCUUCAAGCCAGUCGAGUUCGACUCAGACCAAGAUCUUGGGUCUUCAAACGUCAAGCAUUGAAAACACCUGGACCCGCCUUCCGACUCCAUUGUCCGUGACGAUAUCUGCAUCUUCAGUUGCCGGAUUGGAAGAGCAUCCUGCGGAGCAGGGUAAUGCCACCUCAUCAAAAGCUGUAUCUGCCGGCGCUGCAGUCGGAGGUGUGGUCGGACUGCUGCUGGCGAUCGCUGCGAUACUGGCAUUCAUCCGAUGGUGGCUGCAGCGAAAGCGGAUAAAGAGAACAAGGAUGAUGCGGAGUAGUUGGUUCUACGGAGGGGACGUAAGGGAGGAAGAGAGGUACGACGAUGAUGAGAAUGAAGUGCGGACAGAGCAGAAGCACCGAUCGGCUGGACCUCAAUCCCGCUUCUCUACCACCUCUUCCAGUGCUCAUCGAGACUCUCGGAUGCCGAGCUAUCGACCCAGUAUAGUACCUUCGUUUCUGACUCUCGGGACUGCUUUUCGCCAUUCUAGCCAUCGCUUUCCAUCCAUGUUGCCGACGACUGGAAGACACUCUGGACGGUUCCCAACGAUGAGACAAGAUUUCAGAAAAUCAAUCAGUGGCAUGGCUGGUCCCGGGAGACGUCGUCAGUCCGAAUGGAGAUACACAGAUGAGAUUGAAACGUCGCCGCCUGGCCUGCCUCCUUUGCCCGUGAAGACUCCGCAAGACGCUCUGGCUUCUCGAGAUGAUCCUUUUGCGGAUCACCUCAACAUAAAGGAACUACCUCCUGUUCCGCCUCUGCCCUCAAGCUAUGAGGCAGGACCUCGAGCAUUGCUUUCUGAUUCCGUUGUACCUGCUUCAGCGGGAUACACUGCUUCCGGGUGGACUGCCGCGGCGCCACCUUCCGGACUUGAUCCAGCCCCUCGCCCAACUCUGACUUGGGGUCAUUCAUACGCUUCGCCAUUCAUUCCUCCAUCGUCACUCUCCAGCCAAAGCGAAGAAGCAUCACGACAGUCCAGUAAGGCUCAGACAGAGAUACUGUCAUCCGCCGCGUUGCCCUCUCCCAUUGGCCAUGCGGGAUCUCCCGAUAGCGAAGCUGAAGAAUCGGGUUCGAAUCGAGGUCAAAGUCAUUACUCCAAUCUAGGAACUGUCCAAUCAAUCUACUCUCAAGCAGAGAGCUUUUACCUCGCCGACUUGCCCGAGGAGAUCGGCCGAGCGAUCACUGCUCCAGGUCGAACUUCCAUCGAAGUUCAAGGUAUGGGCGGCGUAUCCUAUAGAGGUUCAAUACCCUUCCCUGAACCUCGUGUACAUCUCACAUCGAACCCAUCCUCGAUACCUUCAAACCAACUUGGUCGGACACUCACUGUUAUCUCACAAACACCUUCGUCCUCCGCUUCGGAGCAGCACGCCUCGAUCCAGCCACAAACGCAAUUGGGGGACGAUGGUCGACGCGAAAGGGAUAACAGCGUCUUUGAAUUCUCAAGUAUGGCCGGCGGAAGCGAGAUAGGUGCUAGACAGACUCAAUACACUCAUCGGACUAGUCGUAGUGCUGCCGAUACAGAAGUCACGGGCAAUUGGUACGACAAAUCACUCUGGGAUGAAGGAACCUCAGGCAGGGUUCCUGCCUCGAGAGUCCCCAUCGGUGGCGUCUCAGACAAGGGCAAAGGGCGUCAUACCGAUGAGAGAAAGAGCCGAGGGAAGAGUGUGAGGUGGGGAGACGAAGAGGAAGAACCUCUUCCUAGGGUAUUUGAGCUGGCAAGGGCACUGUGA